GCAUGCGUCGACUAGUGGCAGCUCAGUGCACGUUAAGAAGUGAUGGUGUGAGGACGUGUUGCGCUCUUUUCUGGAUUACUGCCACACAAAGUGUUCUUUUUACUUUUUUAGCAUCGCCAAAAUGAGGAUAUAUAUCGCCAUCGGAUUGAUAGUCUUAUUAGGACCCGUAUCUCAACACAAGUUGAUAUUGACGACGAGGAAGUGGAGGACGUGUAUCUGCCCAAGAAUCGGCCCACGGUUGAAGAGGACUUCGGCAAGAAGGAGCACCCCAUAGUGGAUCUCCCCGCCCCAACUUCCACCACCCCCCAGCCCACCUACACUGAAGGCACGGGAAUGGACACGAUCCAGAUCCACACCACGAAAACGGACGAUCGCCAGGUGUCCAUUUUCGCUCAGCCGGGCAUCUUGGCAGCAUUUAUUGGUGGUGCUGUGGUUGGCCUCCUCUGCGCCAUCCUGCUCGUCAUGUUCAUCGUGUACCGCAUGAGGAAGAAGGAUGAGGGCUCCUAUCCCCUGGAUGAGCCCAAGAGGAUGCCUCUCACCUCGUCAUAUUCUCCAAACGACAAGGAGAUCUAUGCCUAAGCUCGAGUCUUCCGAGGAAGACAGAGAGAUAAGACGUAGAGCGAAGGAUGAGGGAUUUUCACAUUUAUUUUCAUCUUUAGGCCUUAUUUUGUAUGUUUUAACAAGCUUGGGAUAUUGACAGAGGAGGAGGGUGAGUGGAUGUUCUCUUUCCCCUCGCUCUCUCGUCCUCACAACCUGCAACAUCUUUCGAGGAGAAAGGAAGGAAGGGAAGAUGAGAGAAAUGCUGCCACCAGCCAUCACACCUCUCCCCAUUUUAUCAAGGGGGGUGCAGUGAUGUCUCUCCUGACCUCUGCCAUGUAGGGGAUGAUGAGUUUAUGGGAGAAAUCUCAUAUCAACUUAUGUGUUUAUCAUUUUUUUGUUGGUUUUAUUUUUACCUUUUUUUAUGAUGCAAGGAAGAGGGGAAAAUCUACAUUGAUGUGUGAAUGUUUUCCUACCUUUUUUUCAAGUCCCGGAAGACAGAAAGUAUCCUAUAAAGGAACCUAGCAGGUAAAUAGGCUUCAGCAGGUUGGUUACAUAGGAAUUCUGAUUGUAAAUAUUUUCCCAUUCCUCCUUCAAAGUUGUGUGUAACAUCUAAAAUAUGUACAGAUUUUUUUUUUUUCUUUUGGCUCUGCAACGUCUUUUUUUUUUUUUUUUUUUUUUUUUUGAAGAGAAAGGCUUUGGUGCAAUGUUUUUUCCUUUUUCGAAACAUUUGGUCCUUGAAACGGUGCAAGAGCUAAAAAAAAAAAAAAGAAAAAAAGAAAAAAAAAUAUUGCAAAAAUAAAACAGGACCAGAGUGAGGAAUUGGAACAUAUUUUUUCAGUUUUGUGCACAAAGAAAGAUAAAGAAAAAAAAUAUCCCUUCAGUUAAGUAUUGUGAGGAAGAAUGUGUCCUUUUUUUUGUCUUUGUUAAAAAUAACUUGGGGAUGUAGUCUGCUCUUGUAAAAAUAUACAACAUCAUGCUACAAAUCCAAGAAAGGUAGAUUUUAUUACUAUUUUUGUUUGGAUUCCAGAAAGUUUUAAUUUUGCCAUAUAGACAGAAACUAAUGUCUAGUAACCUUUGUGAAUUUGUUCUUUUUUAUUUUUACUCUUUUUGACCAAACAGUUGGUUAUAUCAUUUGAUGUGAAAGAUAAUCAAGGCUUUACUUUUUUUUUAAAGAAUGUUUGUAUAGACGGUGAGAAAUAUUUGUAUUUCCCAAAAUAAACUCAAGAAAUAUGUGGUGUUGAAAACAAGGGUCUGAUUAGAACAAAAAAAAUCCUGCCUUUCUAUAGUGAUCUUUUCUCCUUAUAUGUGAUGGUUAUGACUUUUUGUGUCAUAUGGAAUAUGACAUGGGGGUCAUUAGGGAAGAAAAAAGAUAAUUAUUUUAGAGCCUUUUUCAUACUCUCUUAAGAAUUGAUAAAAAAAUAAUAAACCUCACUGUUCAAUCUUCAUAAUCAGCACAGUAGUUAAAUUUAGGUUGGUUGCUUGUAGUGUGAGAGCACAAAUGGAGGUGCAAAGGACUCAGGUACUUUAUACAGAUGAGGUAUUGCCUUGGUAAGCCCGUCUUAGGAACAGGCUUCUCCUUGGCUGUGAGCUGUCUGCAUUGGGCCUGGGCAAACUUCACUCUCCAUUUUACACACAGGUUCUUUGGGGGUUUGCUUAACAAAAAAAAAAAAGAAAAUGAAAAAAAGUAAAGUUAUAUUGAAGUUCACAUUUAUAAGAGUUCUUAGUUCUGACAGAAGCUGAUUAUGAUGAUGCUCAUUGGUGUUUUGAUUAUUAUUAUUAUUUUUUGUAAGUGAAUAAUAAUAUCACAUCUGAUGACAAAAUUAUUCAUUGAAGUGCUAGGCAGUGAUGAGUGUACAUGGUGAAGGAAUGUAGAAUCUUGCAAUUAAAAGAUCAUACCUUUCAUAGGAUUUCUGACACUGAACCUUCAAAAUGGCAAUGAAUAUUAUACUACAUCCAGGCAGUUUGUACUUCACCUGCACAUCAUCAGUGAUCAAAUCUUUUUGAAAAAAGAAAAGUCAAUGUAUAUGUGCUUGUAUAAGCUGUGCACCAAACUGAAGAAUUAUUUUUUUGAUGUGUGGGUUACAAUUGUGUAGUAUGUAUUAUAUUUUUUAAUAUUUAAGGUUGGAGGAAUUAUCAUUUAAUCAAAUUAUUUUAUGGAUAUAAUGAGAAGGGACUACACAGCUAGAGUAGACAACGGUGACAGUGAGGAUUACCGUCGGAGACCUAGAGUAAUGCAUUUAUACUAUGGUAACGGUUGCAAACCCACCCUAUCAUUUUCAGACAGCCAGCAUGUGGGGCAGGGUGUUCUGGUGCGAACUUUUGACAGUUCCAUCAAAAUCCAACAUCAGUUUUUUGAGGAAUAAUUAAAAAAUUAUGAAUUAAUCCAGGAAGAGCUUUUUUUUGCAACUAGUAACCAUAAAUGUGAUGAACAAUAAAAAAAAAAAAGAACAAAAAAAGUUGUAUUUGUAGUUCUUUGAGAAAGAAAACUUGCUCACCUUAGAGAAAUAGGGAAUGAAGGUAAAAAAAAUAAUAAGAAAAGAAAAUGAAUGAAGGGAAAAGAAAAGAAAAUAUCGGUUGUAUUUCUGAUAUAAAAUUAUAAAAACAACAUCUAAGUAACUUGAACCAAUAGAUAAAAGAUGAUAUGUAAUUGGCAAAUCUCAGUUGACAAAUUGCACUGUGCAAGGAAAAGCUCCUGGGCCAAGACUUGUACUCACGCUCACACACAAUCUAUUUUAUCACUUUUAUAAUAAGUUGUCCCCUUGGUUACCAGUAUAUACCGAGCUACAUACCCUGUACGUGUGUAUAUACUGCGUCUGCCUAAGAUUCAUUGUAUGUAUACUCUUGACUAACCAAUUAACUAGCAGUCACAUUAUCAUUACGUUGUACUGCACAACUUUUUUAAUAUGUCUAUUCCAGUCCAAUCCGAACCUCUAGAUUUAGCCAGGGCUUUACCGGGGGAGAGUUUUUUCAUAAAUAAAGUGUGCCAAGAGUUCAUAUUAUAUGGUCUCCUCUUUAUGCAUAUUAUUUAAGAUUUUUCCAAUUAAUCUGUUUUUAUUGCUAAUCUUUAUUGUUUUUAAGCUUCUGGAUUCUUAGGGUUAAUAGCCAGUCAAAAAGGUGAAUUAAUUGUCAGGACGGAUAACUUUAAUUGAUUGUAAUUUGUGGCGCUACGGGAUUAGGUUGAUGUCAUGGUGAUUAAGAACAAAAUUAUAUUUAUAGAAACCAGAAGCUCUCAGGAAGUAAAAUAUUCAAGUUCAUGAUAACUGAAAUUCUUUAUAUAUAUAUAAAUAUAUAUAUAAUUUUUUUUUUAACUUUUAUUUGGUAUCAUCACUGAGGGCUUUGUUUUUCUUCUUCUUCUUAUCCCAAUUUGUCAGAGAAAGACAGUUUAAACCAAUCACCGAUUCCUUCAGUGUUCUCACCUUUAAAUAUCCAACAUAGAGAAUCUGUCAGUUUUUCUUUUUUCUUCUUCUUUUUUUCCUUUUUUGUUUUAGUAUUUUUGUUGUUUGUUUGGUUGGACCAUUUCAUCUUUCCUCCCUAUCUCCCCCAAUACCCUGGAAAUAGAAGAACGUUUCACAAAUUCACCUUAGAAGAGAAACAAAAAUUAAAGAAGUAAGGAAAAAGAAAAAUAAGGAAGAAAACUUGGCAGGAUUCUAUUAUAUCCAAACUGUUAUGUGUACAAAGAUGGUGAGAUAGACCAAUAAACAAACAGCGCAUCCCCUGCAGGUCACUGUAAGGAUCACACUGUCCUUCCAUGCAUGUCACAGGGCAGGAUGCUACAGAGGUAGUAGCCCUUGCCAGUGACUUACAGCUUGCAUGGACAUAAGUGAUCCUGUCAGAGAGAUUGUUAACUGGGGACCUGCAGCCAUGACUCACUCAGCUCCACAAGCACCUGUUUUAGGUUUAGGUCUUUUUGAAAGUGUAAUGAAAUUAUUCUUAUGUUUUCAUAUGAUUAAUGGUAUUGUAAUUAUCAUGAUUAUUAUGGUUAUUAUGAUUAUUAUUAUUGUUAUCACUAUUAUUAUAAUUAUUAUUACUUCUGCUGUGAAAACCAGUUUUAAUCAUCAUUGUGUACACAGGUGGGCGUAGUUCUCUUUUUUGUAUUUUGCAUUAACUGUAGACAAUUGUAUGUAUCCAUUUUGUAUUGAAAUUUUGUAUAAAGGAAUGUUACCAUUAACAUGUGCAUAACUGGUGGAGGUUGGUACAGUUUCAGUAGCCAAUAUUUGAUUAUCAAUUGGUGGAAGAGAAAAACCCCAUGGCAGAGAAAAAUGAUCAACCUUACAGGACACAGGAAGUGUUCAUCAUGGUGUUGUAUUGCUGAGGGAGUCGUCUUGCAGUUGUGUCAGCCAACUUUGGCAUUCAGUGGCUCAAAAAAAAAAAAAAAAAAAAGGAAAGAAACAAACUAAUUUGGUCACACAUUUAGAUUUGCAUUACCUUUUUUUCCCUUUAAUUUUAUCCCCAUUUAUUGUGAAUCACAGUAGAGAACUUUAUGCUUGUAAUGAGAAAAAAAAGGAAAGGAGGAAGCCCAUGUUGGCUGACUCAGCUUGCAACUGUGUAUAGUAUUUUGUAAAACAAGAGCGUGGGUCACAAUGACGUGUCGUCCCCAGUCAAAACUCAUCAUAUUUACAGCAGGUGACCACUUUGUGUGAAGGGCCCACCACGUCCUGUGCACUCAACUAUAUGACAGUUUAAGAGAGAAAGGAAAAAAUUAAUGAAAAUAAUGUUUAAAAAAAUAUAACAUAAUUUUAAAUAUCAUAUAGCAACUGGCUGUUUUGCUAAUGGAAUUGACCAUUGAAAAAUUAAAGUCAGAUAAGUGAAAAGUUUGAGAUUGUAUUUUCUGAAGUACAGGAUGCAUGUGCCCGCCACCCCAUGUGAGAUCCUGCUCCCAAUGUCAUAUUGUAAACUGUAUAUUAACGUUCAUACUGAUAUCCUUUCCUAGACUGUUCAUCUAUACGGGAUCCUUUUGUACUUGUAUGACUGACAACCUUAGAAUAACACGUGUUCAGUAAGUAGUCCUUGGAAAAUAAAUCAUUUAUGGAA